UUUCAAGGCAUAUUACCGAACUAUCUUUCGAGGCAGAUUGACUUUUUUGUCAGGUACCUAUGGUUCAGAAUACAAUCAUAGCUCUUAAGCAACUAGAAUAGCUCUUGGGCUACACUCGCUCUUCAAGCAGACCGUCAUCUUACACAUGGCUACAGAGCGCCAACCAACCCUAACCCUUUAGGCAGAUAUGGCACGUGCACCCGCUCCCCCACCAUAACGGCGCCCUUCCCGUCGCGAUGGUAAAUUCAGGCCGUUCGGUUAUGGUCCUGGCGCGAUUGGAGACUGCUUCACCAACACUUCUUUUUCUUCUCGUAUCUAUUUCUGCGCGCGUUUUCGUCCUGACCGUCGCGCCACUAUUUUUACGGGCCCUGUGACCGCGCAAUUGCCCUUGCGAAUCCCCUCCAUUUGACGCGACUCUUCGACAACAUCCCGCUCCGCGUGUCGGGGCCACCGCGACCAUGGGGAAGCUCCUCCGCCUCGAGCUUUUCAACUUCAAGUCCUACAAGGGCCACCACACACUCUUGUUUGGCGACUCCUACUUCACCUCCAUCAUCGGUCCCAAUGGCUCCGGUAAAUCCAACUCGAUGGACGCCAUUUCCUUCGUCCUGGGCAUCAAGUCGUCACAUCUACGAUCGUCGCACCUUCGCGACCUGGUUUAUCGCGGCCGGGUCAUGAAAACUUCGAAGAUCCAAGACGACGGCACAGCUGCACCAGCCACCAAUGGCCACACUAACGGCGUCGAGAAUGGCGAUGACGAUGGCUCUUCGCAAAGAGCGACGAGAAACGACCCCAAAUCCGCCUGGGUGAUGGCCGUGUACGAAGAUGAUGCUGGUGAUGAGCAAAGUUGGAAGCGCACGAUCACGAGCAACGGUUCUAGCGAGUACCGAAUCAACGACCGCGUGGUUACCGCCCAGCAGUACAACGAGGCCCUCGAGGCGGAGAACAUCCUGAUCAAGGCGCGCAACUUUUUGGUGUUCCAAGGUGAUGUCGAGGCCAUCGCUGCGCAGUCACCACAGGACCUCACACGCUUGAUCGAGCAGAUCUCGGGUAGUUUGGAAUACAAGGCCGAGUACGAGAAACUCCAGGCCGAGGAAGAGCAGGCUCUCGAAAACCAAAACUUUCAACUCAUCAGAAGAAGAGGUAUCAAUGGCGAGAUCAAGCAGUAUCAGGAGCAAAAGAAGGAGGCCGAGAACUUCCAGAAGAAGACAGAGGAAAGGGACGAGGCCGUUAUCACUCACAUUCUGUGGAAGCUGUACCACUUUCAACGGGUGAUGGAUGAGUCAAGCGCCCAGAUUCAAGAGCACCAGGAGAAUCUCAAGGAGUUCCGCCGAAACGUUGAGACAUUCGAAAAGAGGCUGGAGGCUGCGCGCAAGGAGCAAACCAGCGUUGCCCGUGAGGUCCACAAGAUCGAGAAGACGAUCAAGGCCAAGGAAAAGAGCAUUGAGGAAAGAGAAAACAGCCUGGUACCAAUUGAUGAGAAGAUCACACAGAGUUCCCGGGAUAUGGAAAUGCUACGAAAGAGGAUUGCCGAUCUCAAGAAACUCCGCGACGAGAAGACGGCGGCUGUGCAAAAGUACACAAAGGACUUGUCACAAGUGGAAAAAGCGCACCGACAGUUUGAGAAGCAAUGGGCCGAAACGCUGAAGAAGCAGGGCAAGGAACUCAGCGAUGCGGACAGGAAAGAAUACGACAAGCUGCAAGCAGAGGCGAUGAAGAGGUCAACAGACAAUCGACAAAAGCUGGAUAAUCUGCGACGACAAUUGAAGAGCGACGAGGCGACAUUCAACAGUCUUGGUGGCAGGAUAGACAACUUUGAAGCCAGCAUCGACAAACUGCAGGGUGAGGUCCGGGUCAUCACAGAACGCCGGGAUGCUUGUCAAGACUUCAUCAGGCAGAUUACAACGGAGAUCGACGCCAAGAAAAAGGAGUACAACAGUGUUCAGUCGGAGCGUAUUAGGAUCAAUAACACCCACACUGAACUCGAGGAGAAGCUCCGCGACGUCCUGAGGAAACUCGAAGAUGCGGACAUGGGCAGGCGGCAGAAUGAGAGGGAGACAAGGACGCGCAACAUUAUCAGUGACCUCAAACGCAUCUACCCUGGUGUUCGCGGGCGAGUUGGUGAGCUUUGCAAGCCGAAACAGAAGAAGUACGACGAGGCGGUCAUCACUGCCCUUGGUCGCGAAUUCGACGGGGUGAUUGUCGACACCGAGAAGACAGCUGUUGACUGCAUCCAGUUUCUCAAGGACGGUCGGCUCCCCUCCAUGACCUUCAUUCCGUUGGACAACAUCAAGGUAAACACCUCAAACUCUGCCGUCAAGGGCAUUGCGGGUGCCAGAUUGACCAUUGACACCAUCGACUUUGAUCCAACGCUGGAGCGGGCGAUUGCCUAUGCCUGCGGCGGGUCCGUAGUCUGUGACAACCUCGAGGUGGCCAAGGAGAUUGUCUACGGCAAGAAGAUCCAGGUCAAGGCUGUGACACUGCAAGGCUACGUGAUUCACAAGGCCGGUACCAUGACGGGUGGUCGCUUGAAUGAGGACAAGGGCAAUAAGCGCCGGUUCGAGCAGGUUGAUGUUGAGAAUCUCACGCGUUUGGCUGAGAAGUUCAAGGACGACAUUGCCAAGUUGCCACGAGCGGGACGGCGAGGCACUGAGGACAACCUCCAGAACGAGAUUGCCUCUCUGGAGCAGCGUCUUCGCCUGCAAAAGAGCGAGUUGGCUGCCUUUGAAAAGAAUCUUAAGAGUAAGCUAAAGGAGCUCGACAACGCGAAGCAGGAACUGGCGAGCUUCCAGCCCAAAUUCGACGACAAGAAGGGCGAGCUGGAGCGUACCCGGGCAACCGUGGAGAAGUUCGAAAAGGCCAUUCAGGGCGUCGAAGAUAAGAUCUACGCCGACUUCUGCAAGAGGCUUGGAUAUGAGAACAUUCGUGACUACGAGGCCCAGCAAGGGACUUUGGAGCAGGAGGCUGCCCAGAAGCGCCAGGCAUUUGACAUCCAGAAGAAGAGCAUUCAAAACAGCUUGAGCUGGGAGACGUCACAGCUCAGCUCCAGCACUGAACGAGUAAAGAACAUGGAGCAACAACUCAAGCGGCACCAACAGGAAGUCCAGUCAUACCAGGAGGAAAAGAGCAACAUUGAGGAAGCCAUGGGCCAAGACCAAGACGAGCUCGAAGCCCUCUCCGAAAGCCUAGAGGUUGUCCGGACCAGACACGCCGAAAAGACCAAGAAGGUCUCGGAAGCCAAGGCCGACCUCCAAGGGAGAAGCAAAGACAUCGACGCCCGACUAAAAGAAAUCUCCAACCUCGAGUCCGUCGUCCAAAAGAACAGCGCCGGCAAGUUCGCCCUCCUGCGCCGCUGCAAGUUGGAGCAGAUCCAGAUCCCCCUUAAGCAGGGUUCUCUAGACGACAUCCCCAACGAAGACGUCCUCCUCCAGAAAGACCAAGACGCCAUGGACGUCGACAUGGACGAAGACGCCGAGGCGGACGAGGUCCUCGAGGCGGCCAUGGACGACUACGGCAUCGAAAUCGACUUUGACAACCUCGACGACGACCUCAAAGACUCAGACGAUGACUUUGAAGAUAAGCUCCAAGAGCGCAUAUCUUCCCUCACGACCGAGCUCGAGAAGCUCAACCCCAACAUGCGCGCCAUGGAGCGUCUCGAGUCGGUCAAGACCCGGCUCCAGUCAACUGACAAGGACUGGGAAGACAGCAAAACCGCCCUCAAAGAAGCCCGCGACGCGUUUUCUAGAGUCAAACAGCAGCGGUUCGAGCUCUUUAACAAGGCCUUCAGCCAUAUCCAAGAGCAGAUCACGCACGUGUACAAGGAUCUCACGCGGAGUGAUGCGUACCCCUUGGGUGGGCAAGCCUAUCUCGACAUCGAAGAGGACACGGAGACGCCGUACCUAUCCGGGAUCAAGUACCACGCCAUGCCGCCGCUCAAGCGCUUCCGGGACAUGGAGCACCUGUCGGGCGGCGAAAAGACGAUGGCGGCGCUGGCGCUGUUGUUUGCGAUUCAUAGCUACCAGCCCAGCCCGUUCUUUGUGCUAGACGAGGUGGACGCCGCGCUGGAUAAUGCGAAUGUGGAAAAGAUCACAAAGUACAUCCGGGAGCAUGCCGGGCCGGGGAUGCAGUUUAUUGUGAUCAGCUUGAAGCCGACGCUGUUUCAGCACAGCGAGAGUCUUGUGGGGGUGUAUAGGGACCAGGCUGCGAAUAGUUCGGAGACGUUGACGCUGGAUUUGAGGAAGUAUGUAUAAAUAACAUGGCUAAAAGGUGUAGGGUGGGAAUGGGAAGGGAAGUAAGUAAAUAAGGGGGACUAUGGCUUGGUCGGGGCUCGGUUGGUUGGUUGGCGGAGGUGUUGGGGGUGUUGUUGCUACCUCUUUGUUUUAUGUUUAUUUGCGUGGCAGGGUUCUCAGGUAUCAAGGGAGGCAAUAUCUUUUUUUUCUUUUUCAAGGAAAUACUACUUUUUGCUUGUUUUCAUUUCUUGUUCAUCACACUUUUUCCAAAUGUUGCUUGCUUUGAGCGAAGGCGCACGAGCGAUAGGGACUGUUGAUGAUGAUAUCAGAGCUAAUGGGAGCUCCUCUCAGUUCUUGUUCUCUCUUUUCUUUCCUUCCUAUUGUCUAAAUACAAAUACCACACUCUAUUUGGCCGUUGUUGUCCACACACACACACACACACACACACACACACACACACAUACACACACACACAGA